GCUUGUCUGUUCGAUCGUCCACAACAUUUGGAACAGUUGAUUGUCUACGGUGCCGAUCUGGACGCACGGACAGCUAAUCUGGACACUCCGUUGCACAUAUGCGCGUUAAACAACCACGAGGCCUGUUUGCGCCUGUUGCUCAAACAUGGGGCAUCCCGGGAUCUGUUAAACGCAUCCGGUCAGACUGCGUCCGAAGUGGCCAUGCUGACUGGACUAACUUGGCUGGCCGAGAUCAUUGAUACGUUUCGAGACGAUCAGAUUGAUUCAAACAACAUGAAUGUGCUGGAUGCUGGAGGAACCGAUUCUCGCAACGGACCGUGCCUCGUGGAUUCCAUUUGGAAAUCUGAUUGCCUCUUUUCAUCGACCGAGCUACUUUCCACAGUCCCGCAGCUCUCGGGGCUAUUUCAGUUUAUCCCUGUGGAAUUCUGA